AUGUCAUAUAAUACAAAAUCAUCAAUAGAAUCAAAAAAUAUUGCUGAAAAUGGUCCUUGUUCAUCGGUUGGUGAACAUCCAAAUGCAAUAACAAAUCGUUUUUAUACAUAUGAAUGUGUACAAGAAAUUGUUGGUUUUAUUCAAAAAUUAGUUCCAACUAAACCAGAAUUAGCUAUUAUAUGUGGUUCAGGUCUUGGUGGUUUAGCUGAAUUAAUUGUUGAUAAAAUUAUAAUACCUUAUGCUGAUAUUCCACAUUUUCCGAAAUCAACUGUUAUGGGUCAUCGAAGUAAUCUUAUAUUUGGUAAAUUGAAUGGUCUUUAUGUUGUUUGUAUGCAAGGUCGUCUUCAUCCAUAUGAAGGUUAUACUACAGCUACGUGUGCUUUUCCAGUACGAGUGAUGCGUAUGCUUGGUGCACAUUCACUUAUUGUUACUUGUGCUGCUGGUGGUGUUAAUCAUGAUUAUUGUGUGGGUGAUAUUAUGUUAAUUAAAGAUCAUUUAAAUUUUUCUAAUCUAGCUGGAAAUAAUCCACUAAUUGGAACACGUUUUCCACCUGUUGGUCAUGCAUAUGAUCGAAAAUAUAUAAUAGAAAUGAAAAAAAUAGCUCAUAAAUAUAAUCUUCAAUUACGUGAAGGAGUCUAUUGUGGAUUAGGUGGUCCAUGUUAUGAAACUAUUGCUGAAAUAAAUAUGCUUAGAUUACUUGGUGGUGAUGCUGUUGGUAUGUCAACUGUUCAUGAAGUAACAUUCGCAGCUCAUUGUGGCUUUCGUACACUUGGUAUUGCAUUAAUAACUAAUAAAGGUUUAUCAGAUUAUAAUACAAUAUAUGAAGCUGUUCAUGAAGAUGUGAUUCGUAUAAUUAAAUCAGUAUUUCAUAAACGAUUUUCUAAUCUUUCAUCAGCAAUUACAAAUCGUUUAUGGCUUAAUGCUGAUACAAAUUAUGAAUGUGAUGUUUUAUUAACAUUUCCAGCACGUAUUGAUGAUCAUGUGAUAAUUUGGUUUCUUGAAAAAUUUAUUCAACUUCAACCAGAUAUUCGCAUAUCAAUCAAAUAUCAUUUUACUACUGGUGUUUAUGGAUUUUAUUUAACUUUUACUUAUGAAAGAAUUUUGAAAGGUGCCGAUGCUCUUCAAUUAGAAAAACCAAUUAAACAAGAAUUUGGUGGAGGAUAUCGAAUAUUUUUGUUUGAUGAAUUAGAAUUUUACGAAGGUGUAGAAGAUGAAGAAAAAUUUUUUAGUACACAAGAACGACAAUCAAUUGUUUUUCAUCUUCUUUAUUCAAUAAGAAUUACUAAACUGGAAAUUAUAAAUGGUAUUAAAUUUAAAAUUGAUCAAUCAUUAAUUCAACGUGGUUUAGAAAAAAAUUUAAUUCGACAAGUUAUUCCAUUGCAUAAUAAAGAAAAAUUAAAUCAUUUGAGAGAAACAUGGGUAUGGCCAAAGAAUAUUUUUAAUCCACAACCAAUUGAAGAUAUUCGACAAUAUUUCGGUGUUAAAAUUGCUCUUUAUUUUUGUUGGUUAAGUUGUUAUACCAAAGCACUCUGUUUUCCAGCUCUUUAUGGCAUUUAUAUUUGGUAUUAUAGUAGACAAAGUCAGGAAAUUGAUGAUAAACUUUUUAUAAUAAAUUCACUUUUAAAUAUCAUAUGGGCAACAGGAUUUCUUAUAUAUUGGCGAAGACGACAAGCUGAAUUAGCAUAUAAAUGGAAUACACUUGAUAUGGAAGAAUUAGAAGAAACACGACCAACAUAUAAAGGCAUAUUACAUCGAUCUCCUGUUACAAAUAAAUAUGAACCUUAUUAUCCACCAUGGAAACGUUUAGUAUUUCGUUUAUUUGUAACUAUACCAAUGCUUAUUAUUAAUCUUGUAUUGGUUUCAUUUUUUAUUGUUAUUAUAAUUCGUUUACAAAGUUGGAUUGAUCAACAAUUAAAAAUUGGUCGUUUACCUUCAUUAAUGUCAUUAACAGAAUUAUUACCAAAAAUUUUAUUAGCAUUAGUUACAACUAUUUUUGAUGAUGUUUAUAAAAGUGUUUGUCGUUGGUUAACAGAUCGAGAAAAUUAUCGAGAACAACGAGUACAUGAUAAUCAAAUGAUUGCAAAAAUGUUUGCUUGUGCAUGUGUCAAUUCAUAUUUAAGUGUAUUUUACAUUGCUUUUUUUACACAUAAAUAUAUUCGAUUAGCUGACCAAUUAAUUACUAUUUUUGUUAUUAAACAGUUUUGGGGUCAUGUAAAAGUAUGUAAAAAAAAAUUUGAUAUUAGAUGUAUAGAAAAAAAAAGGAUGUUCUCAUAUCUUCUCUUUCAAUUGUUGACGUUAUUUACGUUUUCGAUCUAUUGAUUGUUUUAAUUUAAAAAUCUUUAACUCUCAUACUAAUAUUAGAAAUAAACUAUCCUUCUCCUUAAUCAAAGUAUCUAUGAUUUUAUAACAAUUAUUAUAGACUAUACGAUCUGAAAUUUUUCUAAUAAAAGGUAUGUAAGUUAUUCAUUAAAGUUUCAGCUAGCCAUCUUACAUUAUACUAAUUUAACUGAUAAUAAUUAAAAAUAGUUAGAUAGUAACAAAGUUUGAAAGAAAAAAAUAUAUUUGUAAAGAUGUGAGCCGAUCGACGGAGCUAUCAAUCACAAAACUUUAAAGAUAUACCAUCUGUUGCCGCCAACGUUCGAGCGAUUUAGCUGCUUUGCCGCCACUAUCCAAAAUAGUUGCUAAAGCUUCCAGCCACCGUCACGGUCGUGACACAAAAAUUUCUGAUGUGCCUAAAUCUGCUUUUGAAAGUGUUACUUAGUGGCGUAACCAGGAUUUUCCAGUAUCCUGGAUCUCCAUCAGAGAGCAUGGAUCCCGAAUGAAAACUUAUGUACAUUGAUAUUGGACUCAAAUGAUUAAUUUCUAUCGGAAAAAAAUUUGAAUCAGAGUUUGCAAAAAAAAUUA